CCAAGUUUGUACAGGAGAUGAUUUAUUUUGUGUAUCAAUUUUCACAAUGAACGUUGUACAAUAUACACAUCACUUUAUAUUAGAGAGAGAAAUAAAACUCCGACGGCUGAAACCCUAAAACAAAUUCUCCGAUCACCGCCAAACAUUCGCCUCUUUUUUACCUUCUCUAUUUUUCUCAAUUAAUUCCUUCAUAUGUUGUUUUUUUCAUCAACUAAUCAAACAAUUUCGCUUUUUUGUGCAUAGAUUUUCUCACUGCCUGAAUAAUUUAAUUUCCCCUUUUAAAUUUGGUGUAGAUUUUUUUGUUCUUCUCUUUAGAAAGAUGAACGAUGUCUCGCGGCCUACAGCCGACGCCGCCGCAUCCAAUGGCGGUGGUGUAAGCAGUCCCCAGUCGCAACGGCGGAGCCUUACCUCUGCUUGGGCCUCCGUCGUCCGCGGAGAUUCCGAGCAGAACUCGUCUCCAACCGCCGCCGGGGAUCCUGGGUCUUCUUCGUCUCCUCCGCUGGCGGAGCAGUCUCCGGAAAACCCUGUGGUUGAGAGUUCGGGCUCGGAAGCCCAGCCCGAGACCCCUGAUGCUAACGGCGACAUCAAUGCUGGUCAACAGAGGAGGCCUGCUUGGAACAGGCCUGUUAACGGCGUCGUUGAGCCCGUUUCUGUUAUGGGUGGAGCUGUUUCCUGGCCUGCCCUUUCUGAAACAACCCGGCCCAUUCCUAGAUCAUCAUCUGAUAGCCCUAGGCCUAUUUCCGAUGGGUUAUCCUCUUCAACACAGGCUACUAUCACAUCUCCACCUCCUCAGCAACCAGUCAAUAAUAAUGCCCAUGGUAAUUCUUCUGCAAACCACCCACAGACCAGGCAGAGGUCGAGAAAUCGCAAUGGCGGUGGUGGUGGCGGGAACUCCUCAGUGAGUAGCCAACCUCAGCCUGCUUUCAAUCAGCCAUCUUUACCUAUGCCACCACCUUUUCCCGUUUUCGAAGUACCUUAUGGGAUGGUUCCUGCUGUUAUGGAUGCUUCAGUUAGAGGCCCAAGAGCAGUUGGUGGUUCUCAGUCACACGCAGGCAACAGCUACUCUAAUCAGAGGAAUAAUAACUCCAGAAGGGGUAAUUAUGGGUCCCGCCCACGGGGAGAUGGGCAUUACCACAAUAACCAUGGAGGCAGGCGGGAUCAUGACCGUCGAGAGGUUCAUCAUCCCCCGCAGUACGUACCACCUCCCAUGGGGUACAUGCCGUCUCCUCUGCCACCUGGGGCCGCUCCUUUUCUGGCGCCCCCACCCGUGAGAGUUUUUGCUGGACAGAUGGGAUUCGAUAUGGCGUCUCCUUUUAUCUAUGUCCCGACAAUGGCUCAGGAGUCUUUCAGGGCUAUGCCGCUUGUUCCUUCCCCUCCGCCUAUGCUUUUCUCUCCUACUAAUGAGACGUCUCUAGCGAAUAUGAUUGUUAAGCAAAUAGACUUUUACUUCAGUGAUGAUAAUUUGGUCAAAGAUAAUUAUUUGAGGUCCAACAUGGAUGAUCAGGGCUGGGUGCCCAUUGCUUUGAUUGCCUCCUUCCGUCGACUGUGGGUUCCUAAUUUUGAAGUUGGACUGGUUAUAACUGAUAGUUAUAUGCUAAGCAUGAACAUUGGCCUGAAAUUGCUGUCAUGCUGUGUGAAUGAGUUGUGGGGCAGCUUGGUUCAGCAAAUGACGAAAGAUGUCCCAGUGAUUUUGGACUCCUUGAGAUAUUCUACGGUUGUGGAAGUACAGGGUGAGAAGGUGAGGAGACGUAAUGAGUGGAGUAAGUGGGUGAACACAUCCGGUAGGCGCAAUUUGGACUCCGGAACUAAUGCCUCAAGUUCGGCACCUGAGAGUGCACUGGUGUCCUCCUUACAGGCGACCACACUGGAUGAUGCCCCGACUAAUGCAGAUGGCAGCACGGAUGCAGCAAGGGGAGGUCAACUGAAUGAGUUUACUGGCCAGACGAGUUUGGCCAAUGGGGAGAAAGAUGGUGGCGAAAGUCGUUCUGAUGCUGUAUGACGUUUUACUUCUGUGAAGAAAAAUUUUGCACGAUUGAGGUGGGUUCAGUUGCCUUGGAUGUAUCCUGAACACCUUAAGGAGAGUAAAGAUUAAAGAAAGGUAUUAUUCACUUAUUGGACACAAGAAGAAACCUUAGAAAAAUAGCAGAACUGAGAUUAUCUAAAAUCUCAGAUGAGCUGGUCAUCUAAAGUUGCUACAUGGGUGGUGGUUUUUUUGUACUUUAAUGAUUAAGUACUUAUUCUUGGAGGCGUCCAAGGAAGAAACGUUUUUUAAGGUGAACUUUUCCUUUGUCUUGUGGGCAUUGUGAAAAUUGAAUUACUUUGAAGUCUUAUCUUGUGGCCAAACAUGAGAGCGAGCCCCAUGCAUGAUUUUUGGUUAAACUUUGAUUGCCUAUUACCUGUUGGAUGAUAAUGUGAUAUGGUGGUGACAGAUCAUUUUUGAACGCGGAACUCCUUUUUUACCAUUUUUUUCUCUAUCUUGAUUUGCUUACUAUGAUAAGAAGCAUCUGAAGUCUAAUCAUAGAACUUCUUGAGAAGAUGGUCUGCAUUCUUUUCAAUUCUGGUGUGGGUGCUUAAAUUGAUUGUAUUUGCAUGAGUAUAUGAGUACAGUUCUGUUUGAAUGGUCAUCGGUUGAUUAUUGUUUAGGUUGAGCACGUGUGCUUGCUUGAAUUGCUUGGUUUGAUUUUCUUUGAUUUAGGUUGUGUGUGUUUCUUAUAGGUUAUGUAAAUAACCACAUUAUUGAAUUGAAG